ACAAUCAGUAGUGUUUGGUUCUAAAAUGAAUUUCAUUCUGAUUCUAUCUUGCAUUUUCACUGUUGCUCUAUCAGAGAGGAAAUUGAUCUUUAAAAAUCGCCCACCACUUGUCCAGCCAUACGUUAUUGAUGGAUUACCCACAGAACUUGGUCAAUUUCCCUACGUUGUCGCCGUUAAGUCCGAUAAUAAUCUCUGUUCUGGCGUAAUUAUUGGUGAAUAUUGGGUACUAACCGCUGCCCAUUGUAAAACCAGCUCCGCCUACAUUGUGGCAGGAUCAAUUGAUACCGCAAUUGGUGGUCAGAUGUAUCAAAUCAAGGAAUUUAUAACCCAUCCAAAGUACAAACAACUCAGUUUUGAUAUUGCUAUCAUUGUUUUAAAAAAGCGAUUGACUUUCUCUAAAUUGAUCAACAAAUUACCACUUAAUCAAUCGGUAAUUAAAGAUAAAUUGAACGUUGAUUUGGCUGGAUUUGGAAAAAGCAAACACGAUGAAGACGAAUACGGGAAACUAUUUCACGCAAAACUAACUACAGUGGAUCAAAAGACGUGUGAAAGUGUUCUUAGAGUCAAUAAUGAUCAAAUGUGCGCGAUUGGUAUUACAGGAAUACCAUGUUCAGGGGAUUCAGGCAGUCCUCUAGUCUACAAUAAUUCACUUAUUGGCAUUCUUAUUUAUGGUGCAUCAACAGUAUGUCACGACAAUUAUCCCGAUGCCUAUGAAAGAAUAUCAUCACACUACGAAUGGAUCAAUUCGGUGAUUAAAAAAUAGAAGCAGCAAAUUCAAUGUAAAGAAAUACAUGUUGGCUACUGUGCAAAAUACAGAGAAUAAUAAUCUUGCAAACAUUGUG